AUGGAGUUUUACCAAUCUACUAAAGAUUUGAUAAACAACCGUUACAAUCCCGAAUUCCUGGCUAAUUGCAAUCCUGACGGCUCUUUGCCGUCUGGACGAAGUCUGGAAGAACUUCGCAUGGCAACAAAGGAGCAGUUGUGGAAUAAGCACCAACUCGAACUUGUCGCCAAGAAUAUGCAGUCAUCGCCUUCCGAACCUCCGCCGCAGACUCCCGAUCCCCAAGAAGCGCAGGAGAGUCUCGCCGAAUCACCUGAAUUGUUGGCAGAACAGAAAAAGAACGGAAGUGGGCGUAGAAAGCAGACAUCAGUCAUACCUUUCGAUGUCACCAACCCUAUUCACAGAGAUUGGACCCCAUUAGGUUGGAUCGCAUGGCUGCACCUUGGAUUGGGUUCUCCAGAACCUCAUGAUAAGUUUUCACUGAAACCUAGCGGAGGCGAUGUACCUCCUGCACAGAAUCAGAUGACACCUGACUUCCAUCAGCGUAUGUCGAGAGGCAGAUCUGAACAACGUCGGAAAUUGCGAGAGAAUAAUCGUCCAGCACAAGAGGACUUGGGACGUGGAGUCACAGACCCACGUGCCUCAGAUAGUCUUUCCAAUGUUUUCAUGGCUGCAGUGGAUAGACUCAUGUGUCAUUAUCGACAAAGUCAUGAACGCACACAGAUGGUCAAAGAACGUAACCAGAUGAUCCACGAACGUACACAGAAGAUCAACAAUCUGCAGAUGCUCAUGCAAAUCACAGCUCCAGGUAGUUCCGACCACGCGCAGGCUAAGGCAGAACUCGUGCAACUUUUGAAGGGUACAGCUGACAAUGACAACAUCCCAAGUGUGGCUGAAUGGGAAUGUGCGUCUGGUACACCUGGCUCGUCAUCGAUACCACCUGCGUCUGUGACGAAUUCCAGGAACAUGGGCAUUGCAUCUCCUGUCUCAUCUGUGGUUGCCACCCCUGUAUCUCUGUCGGACGAACGUAUCUUUACGAAUGAUGCCAAUGGAUUUGGACAGAUUGUUCAAAAAAAACAGAACGAACAAUGUGUAGAAGGUCACAACAGGAAUUCCUGA